ACCCUCCACACCACACCCAUGGCCUGCAACAGCCUCUGCCGUCCCUGCGGACCCACCCCGCUGGCCAACAGCUGCAACGAGCCCUGUGCCCUGCAAUGCCAGGAUUCCCGCGUCAUCAUCGACCCUGCCCCUGUGCUGGUCACCCUGCCAGGACCCAUCAUGACCUCCUUCCCCCAGAACACCGCCGUCGGAUCCACCUCCUCCGCUGCUCUGGGCACUGAGCUCAGUGUGCAGGGACAGCCCAUCUCUGGUGGAUUUGGCUUUGGUGGCUUUGGCUAUGGCCUUGGCUAUGGCCGUGGAUUUGGCUACGGGCUGGGAGGCCUGGGCUGCUAUGGCAGAAGGGGCGGCUACAUCUGCUAAGAACCCUCAGCACCACCCCUGACACCUCCAGCUCUGGGCUCUGACAACCGCUCCUGCAAGCAAAGCACCUUGGCUGAUGGUCACCAUGCUCUCACCUCACCACAGAUUAUUUCCACUUCUUUCUCCUGCCACUUCAUUCUUCAAUAUUUCACAUCAAUAAAGUUUUCUUGCUUUAAA